ACCCCUAAACCCUAACCCCUAAACCAACCAAAGCACGUCCCCAGUUAGGUGAAAGAGUGAAAGGACUCCAACGAAGUAGGGAAGGCAAGUUUGGUCCAAGUAAAAAAUAGACAUCUAUUGCAUCAUCAGUGUAUGAUUGCAUCAUCAAGUGUGAAAUGGAGAAGUGUUCCCAGCUGGGUUGAUCCAGAAUAAGUGUGGGAAAGGAGAAGUAGAAGAAGAAGUAGAUGAAGGUAUGGGCAGGCAGGAAGCUGUCUCAGGAAGACCCGAUGCAGGGAAAUCAUGGAAGACGCUCAUGGCGUUGUGGCGUCGCUUAGAAAGGCGGAUGAGAAGGUCCAAGAAGGAAAGUCGUGAUCUUUGGUGAAACUUCCUGAAACGCUGCUAUUGCGCAAAGAGGGAAGAAAGAUAGAAAGUGCGGAGGGGAAGAAUCGUCUCAGACGACACACACGGAGGUAAGACCAGCACAUUCCUAAAGCUAUCUCUGGAAUAUUCUUCCAAGUUCGACCCAAUUCCUUCCCAGACCAGCUUUAGUCCUGCUGAGGAACCUUGUAGGGGGAAGAACACCAACGUAGCACCCGUUGAAAAAAGCUUGAAAAGUGGGGAGCGGUACCUCUGGAGGAGGGGGCCGGCGAACGGGAGGUCUGGACUUCCGGACGGCGAUGCAGACUCGGAUAAGCGGAAGCAAAGGGAAUGGAAUCCCGUGUGAAAGUGUGACCUUUCCUUAGAACUUCCCCCGUGUUUGCCCACUGUCCCGGGAAGGCGUCAGCUGGGAGGAGCCCCGAGUCAGGAUGUUUGGUCUCAUCUGGACCACUUUGCUGGUCCACCUGAGCAGCAGCAAAGGAGCUUCCCAGGGUGACGGUGACUGCAUGAAAGGCUUCUGCAUCCUUCUCAGCAAACCCCAAAUAAGAUCCGAGGCGGGACUCUGCGCCGUCCUGCCGUGUUCGUACUCCGCCGCCCGCUUCAGCCCUCACAGCGUGGUUUGGUUCAAAUGCGACCCCGCAAAAGCAAGAUGCAGCGAUUGGGAAAUCGUGUUCCACUCCAAGAACGAAGACAAAGUCAUGGACGCCUACAAGGGGCGGGUGUCCCUGCUGGAGGAGGACGUCAGCCGCAAGAACUGCAGCAUCAUCAUCAACGACCUCAACCAGUCCGAUUCCGGAUCCUAUCAGCUCCGAGUUAACGGUCACCUCCUCGGGAAGCCUGAAGGGUUUUCCUUCCCCUGGAGAGUGUCGCUCACGGUGGAAGAUCUGGAGCAGAAGCCCACGCUGUCCGUUCCCCCCCUGACUGCCGGACGACGCGCCACCCUCGCCUGCACCGCCCCCGGCCUCUGCUCCGGACACGCCCCCACCAUCAGCUGGGCCGUCAUCUCGGGGAACGGGACCGUCGGUAGGAAGAACGAGGGGGUGACCGCUGUCACUCAGAGACACAGCUCCACUCUGACCUUCGACCCCUCCGCCCUGCACCACCGCACCCGGGUCACGUGCAAGGUGGCCUACAAGGGGGGCAACCUGACCACAGAGGAGACGGCCAUGCUGAACGUGAGCUAUGUAAGGCCGCCAUCCAUCACGGGGCAGACAGCGGUGAAGGAAGGCCACGCCCUCAAUCUGACGUGCAGCGUUGACAGUUUCCCGCCUUCUCGUGUCACGUGGCGUCUUCUCCGUUCCAACGCCACCAUCCCGCCCCCGGGCGCCGGCACCGCCCGCCUGGCCAUCUCCAACGUGAGCGCGGCCCAAUCCGGGCGCUACGUGUGCACGGCCAAUCACCCGGCGGCCACGCUGACGGCGCACGUGGACGUGACGGUGACUUGGUUCGCCAACAUCCUGGACGGGUCGGGGUGUGCCGUGCGGGCGGACGUCCUGACCUGCGUGUGCGUCAGCGGCGGGGUCCCGCUUCCCGUCGUCACGUGGCCGUUGCUGGAGAAGCGGACCCGCUACCGCGCCGUCACCGUGGUGUCCGACCACACCGUCAACACCAGCAUCACGCUGACCCUGGGGGACGCCAACCUCUCCGCUGUGGCGUGUGUCAGCGAGCAUAAAGACGGGCGGGACAUGAAAUUGUUCCCCAUCGAGAGGAAAAGAUUGGAACCUGAAGACCAGAGUGUGAAGGCUGUGCUGCGGCCCGAUGUCAUCAUCGCCUUAUUGGUUGGAGCGCUUCUUUCCGCCAUCUUGUGCCUGGUGCCCAGGAUGUGCUGCAGGAAAACCACCCAACCACCCGGGAAUCCGGAUGUGGAACUCUUGGCCCCACAGGAGGAAGGACAGGAAACGUCGGUGAAGAUGGACGGCGAGGCCAAAGCGGACGUGGAGUACGCCAACAUCAACUUCUCGGCGUUGAGGAGAAACAACCCCAGGGAUGCGGCGGCCAAACACCAGGCUACGGAGUACGCCGAGAUCAAGCGAGCGGCCGACAGUAAUGGCGGCAAACCCGAGCACUUGAUGGAACGUCCGGAUGAAGAGGCGACGGCGGAGGACGGGAGCCAGGAAGAGGAAGAGGAGGAGGAGGAGGCCCUCUACUCAAAUGUGAAAGAUGCGAUGAUGUGACGACGUGAUGACUGGUCUACGGCUACUUCCUCCUCGCCGAGCGCUACUUCCUCCUCGCCGAGCGCUACUUCCUCCUCGCCGAGCGCUGCGGCGCCACAUCGGGAGCCGCUGCUUCCACCAGCAGGGGGCGCCGCUUUAUGGCUAAGCUACAUCUCAGGUGCCAAAGAUAUUAUGUUCUCACCAUCCUUUGUUGAUCUCCAAGAGCAGGUCACAGCUCAAGCAGCUGCAAAUAUGAUAUGAAUAUAUAUGAAUAUGAAUAUGAAUAACUAUAAUGAUGCUGUACAUGAAAUAUUGAUAUAUGGAAAUGGAUGAUAUGGAAUGAAUGAAACUCAUUGACAUUUUGGUGGCUAAUAAAUGGAAUA